UUGGUCGGCGUGGAACACAAAAAGGAUUAUUGUCUUUCCGUUAUCCGGCUACCAAACAGCGCCUUCCGUGAAAGAGGGUUGUCUUAUAAACUAACCAGGGUUUCAUGUGUCCGGUAGUUGAAUGAAUGGUGAAAAUUUUUGGAAGAGGAUUGCUUGGUUCUGAAUAUACUGUUCGAAUUCUCGGCAUGUGAGGUUAUUGCAUAACUUACCAGUGCUGUACGUGUGAUAUUGGGAUUUACUUUACUGCUAUGAAUUCAUGGCGGGCUAUCAGUCUUCGCUUGUCCACACUUAUUCCUUUUGGAGGAGGUUUGUGUGCUUAGGGAGAAACUCAUCAAGGACUUCAAGCAUUGGAAAUUAUCUGUCCAAUCUAAAAAAACCAUAUCUGAUUCUUCCUUCCUCCAAAGUAUCCAGAAAGGGCAAUUGUAAUUUAUCCAAUAACGUGAAGUCGUCUUUACCUGGUGCUAUUUAUGAAACAUCUCCGAGUAAUGUUGUAAUUCCUUCUGAAAGUGAACAAACACAGCAUCAAGAUGCAGUUCCUAGUCCAGCUAAGUGUGAAGAAACAGCACUGAAUACUAAUCCUUCUGAUGGUAGAGUAAUGCUCAUUGAUGGCACAUCAAUCAUCUAUAGAGCUUACUACAAACUUCUAGCAAAAUUGCACCAUGGCCAUCUAUCACAUGCUGAUGGAAAUGGAGAUUGGGUUUUAACUAUAUUUUCAGCUCUAUCUCUCAUAAUUGAUGUUCUGGAAUUCAUCCCCUCCCACGUGGCGGUGGUAUUUGACCAUGAUGGAAUUCCAUUUGGUCAUUAUUAUAAAUCUUCCAAAGAAAGUAUUAAGGGGAAAGGUCUGAAUUUUCGUCACACUUUAUAUCCUGCCUACAAGAGCAAUCGCCCUCCUACCCCUGAUACUAUUGUUCAGGGACUUCAAUACUUGAAAGCAUCCAUCAAGGCUAUGUCCAUAAAGGUCAUUGAGGUACCAGGUGUAGAAGCUGACGAUGUGAUUGGAACAUUGGCAGUAAGGAGUGUUGAUGCUGGGUACAAGGUACGAGUUGUGUCCCCAGACAAAGACUUCUUUCAGAUCCUUUCUCCUUCACUACGUCUACUACGGAUUGCUCCUCGCGGGGUUGAGAUGGUUUCAUUUGGAAUGGAGGACUUUGCUGAAAAAUAUGGAGCUUUGAAGCCUUCUCAAUUUGUUGAUGUGAUUUCACUUAUGGGUGACAAGUCUGAUAACAUUCCAGGAGUUGAAGGAAUUGGAAAUGUUCAUGCAGUGCAACUGAUAACUAAAUACGGCACAUUAGAAAAUUUGUUAAAAUGCGUGAAUCAAGUUGAAGAGGGACGUAUCAGAGAGGCCUUAAUUGCGAAUGCUGAGCAGGCAGUAUUAAGCAAGAACUUGGCCCUGCUACGUUCUGAUCUUCCAUUCUACAUGGUACCAUUUUCUACCAGAGAUCUCACGUUUAACAAACCAGAGGAUGAUGGGGAGAAAUUCACAAGCCUCUUAAAUGCCAUCAGUGCUUAUGCAGAAGGAUUUUCAGCUGAUUCACUCAUUCGAAGAGCAUUCUACUUGUGGAAGAAGCUUGAAAGGCAACGUUGAGUUAUGUAAACGGGCUAGAUUUGCUAUUCGCUAAUUUUGAAAGUGCAUGAGCGGAAUACUGACUAUUCUUUUGCUGUAUUCUCAAAUUGUCUCUACAAGGUUUCUCGUGCAUACAUUCCAAAAAUUCCUGGUUCUUCAUUCACCUGUUAUUCUGGUAUAUCUUUAUUCUGGUAUUCUGGUCCAGAGAUGACAAAUGCAGAGUGAAGAGUAGCACUGCUCUUACCCAUUGCUUUCUUUGGUUGCUGAUAGAUUGGAGAGCAAACUCCUGAGGAAUCAUAUCAGCAUAAAAGCAGAAUCUUUCUUAUCUUUGUAUCUGGCUUCGCAGAACGCACAACUCUCUGCAAUAAUCCCAGCAGUAUCAAGGAAUCGUCUUCCAUUAAAGAAAUGAAACAAAAUCCGUUGCUUGGAGUUGUAAUACAAUAGCACAACGAUACCCAUUAUGCUGCACUGCUUAGUAUUGAGUCUUGACUUUUGGCAUGGCAGUCAUCUGUGUAACUGCUAUUGCCACUAGGACUGUAAAUGAACCAAUCUGCUUGAUAGUAUGCUUGGUAUUCGUCCGAUUAAACUUGAAUUGAACUCGACUCGUAAAAAAAAAAAAAAAAAAAGCUUGACUAUGAAA